AUGCCACACAGAUACCGCCGGUUAGGAGGAGAAUGUCUAUAUCGGCAAACUGGUCGUCGAUUCAAGGGCUUUCAAAAGGACCGUAAGACCGCAGCUCUUGAGUCAGACAUCAACGAACUUAUGGUCAACUGCGCUGACCGAGCAGAUGGAAAUGGCAUUUCCAUGGGCACGCGCGGCAAUUCCUUAGCUGAAGGUGAUACUGCGUCUGAGAACGUCAUCAGCCAGGGCAUCCUUGACGAAGACACCGCCGAAAGGUACUUGAUAAUAUUCAAGACCAAACUGAUUCCGCACUUUUUUUGUGGUUGUACCCCCAGGCAUAUCUGUCAAGCAGUUCCGCCAGAAGAAGCCAUUCCUUUGCUUAGCUAUCCUUGCGUCAGCUCCAUAUGA